AGUGGCAGCAGUCGAUCGGUUAGGGAGCACGGCGGAAGGUCGCGGCGCGAUAUGGCGCUUUUCAACUCGUAUCCUCAUCGUCCCGUACGAGUUUUUGACGCAGCGAGUGUUAAGAGAAACCGUGGAGUAGGAUCGAAAGUGAAGUGAAAUGUUGGGCGUUCGUGCCAACAUCCGUCGUGUCGAAUACGAUGCAUGAUACGAAGUCGUUUUGCAUUUAAUCGUGUUUCGUAUCUUCUCCGUUGCCUCAUCGUAUCCCGAGUUUCCGACGCUUGAAUAGCUAUCACCAGCUGACACAAACCAAGACGUCCAGGACGAGCAUGUCAUCGGAUGAAGAAAAUGACGAACUGCAAGACCUGGAAGCGAUACGUGAUCAAAUUCUCAGCAAUCCACGCAGCAAACGUAUGCAAGUGAGCGGCUGGGAAGAUGACGAUGACGGUGUGGAGGCGGAACGUAAUGCAAGAGAACCGGACGCGAGAGCCAUGCUGAAUGCCGCCGAAGAGGGAAACCUGGAGAAUAUUCGAAAAUUAUUGCAUGAAAAUCACCUUUUACUGAACUGCACCGAUAAGGAUGGCUAUACCCCGCUUCACAGAGCGUGUUAUGGCAAUAACGUGGAAGUGGUAGAGUAUCUACUUGAAGCUGGGGCAAGAAUAGAUGCUAAAACUCAAGACGAGUGGCAACCUCUGCAUUCUGCAUGUUGUUGGAACAAUAUAGAAUGCAUUGAGGCCUUAAUAGCAAAUGGAGCAGACAUUAAUGCAAAAAGCAAAGGGGAUCAAACACCUUUACAUCUGGUUUCUUCUAGUUCCCACAACUCCCCUGCUCUUCAGCUUCUUCUGUUGCAUCCUGAAACAAAUCCCUCUCUGGUCAACUCAAGUGGAGAUACUGCAGAUCAGAUUGCAAGGAGAACAACAAAAUUCUAUCCUUUAUAUGAAAUAAUCGAGCCUUGCUUAAAUGAGAUUUAAGGUCAGUAUGAUGUUAGAUUGACAAAUUUUGGAGUACCGUUGCUGAGAUGCUUAGAUCCCUCCCAAAUGAGAACGGUGGAGUCCUCCGUGACCGCGUAUAAGUGGUGCUGAUCUAGUGACCACGCUACAGCAAUUAUCGCGCCGCAACCUCUCACAUUAUUCGAAAUCUCUCUGACUAAUUGCAGAUCCCAACUGCUCCAUAAUCUGCAUAAUCAAGGACAAAUUUUUGUUUAAUAAUUAUUCGUACCUAUAUUUAACAAAAUAAUCGUGUAUGUAUCGUGCCUUAUUAUUCCAUUGUCUAAACCAAUUGCGAUGACAUUGACAGAAACACCCUCUGGCGCGUUGCUGUAACAGAGUGCCGUUAUACGUCUUCUGGAUAAAAUGGAACCCACGUGCCUCGCGUUUAUAGUGUGCACUGUCAACUCGGAUUGAUUGUUGGUCGCGUUGUCCUCUGAUCUGGGAAUGUCGUAAGUAGCGGCUAUAUCUCCAAGUGUCUCGCUGAUACAUAGAAGACGUAUAGCAUAACCUUGGUCACGGACUAUUGACCUCACGUACGUUAAGCUGUUUCAAAAUAAAAAUACACAGAUAUAAAUUAUAAAUAUAACUUUUUCUCUCCAAACUUAUAAA